GCAAAAGGGCAGUUUCAGGAAAUAGUGGAAGGGAAGGGUCAUCAGGAAAUUGCUGGAUGGAGCAAGAGGAAGGGGGUGGCAGGAGGCACUGGGAAAAACAGGGCAGUAGAAGGUUGCCAGAGGCAGUGGAAGGAAGGGGACAGCAGGUUGCUUGAGAGAUUGAAUGGAAAGGAGCAUCAGGAAACUUCAGGAUCAAGCAGGAUGCAGUGAAAGGGAGGAAGCAAGCAGGAGCUUGCAAGAAGCAGUGGGAGGAGAGAAAUUAUAAGAUAGGACAAGAGGGAAACAAGGCUCGGGCAGUAGGCAGUGGGAUGGACUUGGAGAGGGAGAGACAGUGAAAGCAGCACUAUCAGCAGGAGGAAGGACUACAGGCUUCAUGACUAAACUUCUUCUAACAGGGGGGCGGGGAGAGGAAAGGGAGGGACAACAAGAAAAAAAAACCUGCAUGUCAAGUCCUGAGGAAAUGCUUUAGGGACUACAGCCAGACUCUUUUUUUUGGUAUGUUUGUUUUCUCCCCUCAUGUAACUGAGAGGAAGGAAAGGAAGAAAGAGAAGUAACUAAGUCAAAUGUGCCUCACUCAGUUGUGGCUGGGGCUAGGGGAUUUGGUUUGGAGGAUCUAAUUUCUGGUCAGUGGCAGCAAAAGGAACAGGAAAGGCAGGCAGAGACAGACACACGGACAUGUCCAUCUCAGCAGCAGGCUGUUGGCUGGUUCUCUGCCUUUUCAUCGCUGACAAACAGUUAUCACUACAAAUCUCUCCCGCCUGUGAGGGUGAGCAACACUAUGAGUAUUCUGGACGGUGCUGCACAAAGUGUGAGCCAGGAAAGUACAUGUCUGCCAAAUGCACUGCCACCUCUGAGACUGUGUGCCAGCCUUGCGGCCCAAACGAAUAUAUGGAUGUCUGGAAUGAAGAAGACAAAUGUUUACUACAUAAAAUAUGUGAUGAGGGGAGAGGUUUAAUAGAAGUGAAUCCAGGAAAUAGAACGUUCCAGCGACAAUGUGCAUGUACACUGGGAUACCACUGUAACGAAGACUGUGAUUACUGUCUGCGAAAUACAGAAUGUGCUCCAGGAUUUGGCGUUCAGCAUCCUGUGCAACGAGACAAGGAUACUGUGUGUGCACCAUGCCGCUGGGGGUACUUCUCAGCCAUCUAUUCAUCCACCGAUGAGUGUAAAUCCUGGACCAACUGCACAGCUCUGGGAACUGCAGAAGGAGUUCCUGGGACUGAUCGGGCAGAUGUAGUUUGUGUGGAACCUACGAUGUCUGUACAACCACAAGAUGAAACAAACAAGAUCUUGUAUGUUCUGAGUGUUCCAGUCCUCUUUGUGAUAUUAACCAGUAUUAUCAUACUUAUCAUAUAUUACAAAAAUAAGGGGAAAGCACUGACAGCAGAUCUACAGCAGUGGGCUAAUGAAGUAUGCAGCCAAAUAAAAGGGACGAAGGAAUCCCCCCAAGAGCCAUUUGUUAAUAUAAACAUGGUGAACGCUACAAGUCCUCAGCCUUCUGAAGGAAUAUAUUUGCUAGCCCUUGAUGACUAUAUUUUUUCUGAAGACCUGGGUUGCCCAAAUGGGCACACUCUCUAUGGGAAAGGCAGCCCAGAUACAAUCCACUAUGACUUGGGAGAGAACAUCCCAACAUUGUCUUUAGCAACAGAGUCUGAGGAUGACCACUUCAGGCAGAUUCCCAUGGAAGAUGAAUAUGUAGAUAGAGCUCCCCAUGCCCAUGGUUAUUUACCUUUAUUGAGUCAGCCUGACAGUAAAUCUGUGUCACCAUUUUCAGAGCCACUGGAGGUAGGGGAGAAUGAUAGCUUAAGUCAGUGCUUCACAGGAACUGAGAGCAUGGUGGAUUUAACAGGCUGCUAUAGCUCUGAUCCUUCACGCGGCAUGGACUGCAUCCAUGUCUCCUCAGACAAAUACCUACAGAAAUCUUGCCAUUGCACCUGUAGUCAUAUGAAGGAGACAGAGAGAAAGGACACAGAUCACUUCCCAGUGAACCCUGAGUCAGUGAACAACUGCAUGGGCUGUGGGGUUUCAUCUAGGGAAUCUCCUAGGAAGUGGAGCGAACCCUUUUGUGCAGCAGUUGACUAUACCACAGCCUCACCGGAAAAUGGACUUUAUCCACAGUGCACCUGUGGCUUGGACUUUCCCUCUGCAGGUCAGAGUACUUUAGCAAGCAAUCCUGGCAUGGAAGAUACUCCCUCUGAAGGUACUGACACAAAGUACCAGAAAACAAACGGAAGCACUUCUGGGGCAAAUUGUAGCACUUCAGAACAAGCAUCGGGAAAUGUGACUGGAAACAGUAACUCGACAUUUAUAUCAAGUGGACAAGUAAUGAAUUUUAAGGGCGAUAUAAUUGUUGUCUAUGUUAGUCAAAACUCCCAAGAGGGGACAGCCGCUACUGGAACAGCUGAUGAGAAUGUGGGGAGUCCAGUGCAAGAGGAAAACCUGAACCGAUGCGAGACUUUUGCAGGCAACACCCAACAAUACAAAGAAAAAUAUGCUGAUGCUAAUCCAGCCUGCGCUGCAGAGAACGAAGGACUAAAUAGCACGGGGGAAUAUGAGAGAAGGCUGGGGCCUGUGGUUCAAGAAGAAAACCAAGACAGUCAGGAUAGGAAGUGCUGCCACAGUGGGGCCUUUCAACCUGUGCAAGAGGAAGGAAAGCCAGGACAAUUUUCAGAGAAAGCAUUGCAUUGAUGGGAAUCAACAGCUGUUUGCUCACUCUUAGUAUUUGACUGAAACACCAUUAAUACUGAGGGACUGUAUAACAGCCAGUGAAUGAUAUUAAUGGUAUGCACAGUUGUGUUAGCUGCUCAGAGGCCAGGUUGCCAUGACUGGUUCAUUAGAUCUGAGACCUUUAUUAUUCCUGGUGUCUCUUGGGGACUUCAUCAAAUGGAACCGACAAUUCCAUGGUAAAUGCCUGUGAUGCUAUCACUGUGGAAAUUAUUAGUGAAGACAGACAUAAGUGUAAAGCUGCUAUCAUUGCAGAAAUAUCUGAUGGGAAGGAAAUCUACUUCCCCACAAUUGUACAGGUUGUUCAAGACUUGCUGUCCAUUCCCUUAUCCUUGGGACAUAAAGUGGAAGACUUUAAUUAAUUUAGAUUGUAAACUCUUUGGGACGGGGAUUGUGUGUGUGUGUGUGUGUGUGUGUGUGUACACAACACCUAACAUAUUGUGAAUGCUACUAGAGUACAAAUACUAAUUAUGAUUAAUAUUCAGAAGGUAAACCAUAAGUAUUGACCAAUAUUUUUCCCUAAUGACAUUUGGACAAGAAUUUGGGAAAAGAUUAAGUCAAGCCCUUGUGCACGGCCUUUCUCUUUCCCUAUUCCCUUGCAUUUGCCAUGAGAACCUUCCAUCUAGAUUUAAUUCUGCCUUAUUAACCUGAGUAUCACUGUGCAAUGAUCCUAUUGGCCUCAUGUGAAGAUGAACCAUGCACUUCCAUGAUCCACAUGAUCAGAGAUCUAAUUAGAAUGAGAAUCACCCGUCCACUGGGAGGAGCAUCUUUUACUUGAAGAUUUCUUGUUAGGAAGGAUCUUCUGAAAAGCUCUAAAGCCACCGGGCCUUCUGUAUAGCUGCUCCAGUUUGCAAUAACAUUUCUGUAGGUGAAGACCACCUAAAAUCCUGUGAGCAGGCAGUUUAUUGAAUCAUCAUUAGAUGCCCAUUUAUAGAUAAAAAGAAAGGAGAUAGUCCCCUUGCAUAUUGCUUGCACAAAUGGAGAUUACACAUUUUGCAGUCCUCUUUAAAAAUAAACAAACAAAAAACCACCUAGGUGGGAGAAUUCCAGUUUAGAGAUCUGGGUUGGCUGAAUUCUGCUGAGAAGGAGAAUUCCUCCACUCAUUCCUUGGUAAAUUAGCUACUUAGAGAGAAGGGAAAAGACAGUGGUUCAAGAAGGGAUGUGUGUGUUUCAAGCCUCAGUUACCCCUCUUUCCAUUGUUUGUGUGUGCCGCAAUGGAAGGGAGAGAGCUAGAAAGAGGGCGGUGAAAUCAUGGCUCUAUUCAUGUCAUUUACCAUUGACUUCAGUGGCACCAUGAUUUCACCAGAAGAAUUCAACAAUCUCUUUGAAUAAAGUGUGAAAGAGCUUCAAACAUCAGUAUGAAAAAUGGGUGUGUCAGCCUGGGUGCUGUUAUGACUCCAUGAUGGGAAAUUUAACAUGCCAGAAGGUACAAUGCUUUUCCCUGUUCCAGACUGAACCCAAACUGAAAUAUCCAUUCCACGAUUACCAACUUUCUGCUGUGUUGCUUGGGUUCCCUGCCUUGCUGCUCAGUCACUGACCCAAAAUUAAUUUCUGCAUCUAUGUAAUUUAGUUUGCAAGCACUCUGGGGCAGGCACUGUUGUUCACUAUGUGUUUGUACAAUGGGGCCUAACAUAUUAGGAUCCCAAUGUUGAUUGGUGCUAUGACUGCUAUUGUAAUACAAAUAAUUAAUAAUAAAUUCCUAAAGAUCUUUUUCAGCAAAA